GUGGGACUGAGAGCGGACGGGAGAAUCCAUUUCUCCUCUCUCUCCCUGCUCUCGCCGGUCUCGUCUCUUCAGCAUCCGUCGACCCUUCGGAUGUCUGGCAACCUUUUAUAUUCUGCUUUUCAUCAAUUCUGUUUCUCGUGGAGUCUAAGAAAACUUUCAAAAGACAAAGAGUGAUCGUCUCCUCAGGGGCUGUGAAGGAGGACAAGGCCAUGGCCUCCUGGUUCAGCUGGAACGAGCCGUAUCACCGGAGCCCCCGGCGGGACCCGGUGGACGUGGUCACAGACACCCUGAUGCUGGAGUUCAGCUGGCAGCUGAAGGAGGCCGAGAGGCAGCAGCGAGAGCGGGAGAACGAGGACCGGCGCCUGAAGACCGGAGUGGACUACAGCUGGCUGGCCAACCCGCCGCGGUGCUCCUACAACAUCAGCACCGGGGAGCGGCUCGGCCUGGAGGAGCUCUGCUCCAAGGUGCCGGCGCCGUGCUGCGGCCCGGUCGUACUCAAGUUCAGGGAGGUCCUGCAGGCCAAUGAGCCCGAGGUGCAGGAGGUGUCCGAGCUGUUUCGCGCUGUCCUCCUGGACACUUUGGACAACCUGAAGGAGGAGCAGGAGGCGCAGCGGCUCUCCCACCAGUGGAACAACAAACGCGCCGUGAGCAUGUCCCUCAUGAACUUCAGGUCCCGGAUCAAGAUCAACCCGUUUGGAAGCACGGUGGGCCUGACCUCCGCUGUGACGGACGGGACCGGGUUGAGUGACCUCAAGACCGUGUCGGCGGAUGUGGAGAAGGGGAUGGAGCGGUCCCAGAGGGUGUGGAGCAUGCCCGACUUCAGAUACAAAGGAGCCAGCAGCAGUAAGGUCGUCUGACGCGGGGCGUUCAGGGACAGGAGCCGCCGCUGCAGCAAAUCCACCGAGCACCAGACGAGGCCGUCCUCCUCUUCUCGGUGCGAGGCCCAGUUACUGAUUUACCUUCACCGGGCGUCUUCUUCAGAUCUUCUGUAACUUGACACUUUUUUUGUAACUGAAACGGUUCAAAUGUUGCGUAAGAGUAUCGCCUCUGGUGGUGAUGCAUCUUAUAUUUUGUAGACGUUGGUAUCGAGGCAUUAAGGGCCGUUUCCUGUUGGCCUCGGGUAUCAGGGCUCCAGACUGCGACCAAAUGGUCGCAUUUUGCGCCUAAAAUUAGACACAGUGCGAGUAAAUUUUUCAUCAACUCGUGCAUGCGCGACCAGUAAAUUAGCAGGUUUCUUUUUUUUGUUAUUAAAUAUUUUUGUUGCUUACAAACUUGUUCUACACUUCAGCCCACUAUAGUUAGCGGUAAUGCCUGAAUGACUGGUUUGCUAACCGACAUUAACUCCAGAAGAAGAAGAAAGGAGACGAAAACCGAAGAAGAAGAAGGCUGGCCUGUGUGUGAGAGGGGGGGGGGGGGGGGCUAAUGUGUGAAAAGAGGCGCACCGCAGCGGAGACGCAACGAGGGCCGCAGAGUGAGAGGUCCACGAGGGGAUCCUCACCACCGAGCGGCGUCCCCGUCCCCCGAGUUGAAUCACUGGGUCAACUCAGCCGACUCUCACAUGUCUGCCCCUAUAGACUGAUGCUCACGGUAAACACAUUCGAUCGGGAGCGCGCGAGGAUUUUAAUAAAGUUAGCGGAAGGAUUUAAGUGACAACAUCCGGUUUUGCAAAGUUAGCGGAAAGAACCACGUGAAACAACAUCCGUUUAUCAAAAUAAGAUGUCGACAAAUCAUACACUAACAUAUAAAAGUAAACAAUGAACUGAUGUUGUAUCUUUAUAGAUAGUUUCUGAGAUUUAGCUUAAAUUAUGCUAACAUUAAAACAUUUUUACUGGACCAAGGAAGAGUUUAUAAAAAUUAGUCAGUCUUUUGUAUGUUAAGAAAAGUCCUGUCUAUAGAUUCCCCAAGAGUUCCAGGAAAUGAAUAAUGCAGAUGUGUUCCAUACAUAUCUGAAAUCCCCUACAAUAGCAAUCAAACAAUUUUAAUGUAUCAAUUAGGACAUUUUUCAAAGUAAAAGUCCUAAAUGUUUAAAGAAAUCGGUAAUUUCUUUAAUGUUUGAGUUGCUUUAUAUAUGUAUUUCCUCAUAGUCCUAGGCAAUAAUGCUACACAAUAAAUAGAAUGCUUCAAUCAACACCGUGAUUGGUAUUAUCGGAUCGGCAGAUACUGAUUUCAGUGAUCGGUGAUCGGUAUUAUCGGUGAUCGGCAGAUACUGAUUUCAGUGAUCGGUGAUCGGCACCAAAAACCUGAUCGGUGCAUCUCUAGAAACCAACACAUGUUUUGAUUGGCCACAUCGAAAUGCAACAUGCACAUGCUCAAGGUAUGUUUUCUCUUAAAAUAUGUUUAAACUCAAUACAGUAACUUCUGAAGAGUUCUCUGUUGUGAAUGUUUUGCAGUUCAUGAAGGCAAACAGGCAUAAGAUUGUAUAUUGUCAAAUUAUUUAUCAGUAAUACAGUAAAAAUGAUGGGAAAACUUUGCAAGUCGAUUUAUAGUGUGUCAGGGUUUUUCCUGCAGAGAAAAUUUGGGCGCGCGCCUAAGCCGUUUUCCCGAGCGCCUAAGGCAAAAAAAAGUCUGCGAUUAAAAAAACUACGAACUUCGAUGUCGGCGCGCGCAUCGCUCUGUCACGCGAGCCGAGAAUUGUUGACGGGGGGGGGGGGGUAGACGAAAAUUACAGAGUGGCGGGUGGAGAUUUCACCCUGUUAUAAUAGUAGGGGAAACACUGGAGUUGAUAAGCGUGUCUUCUUGUCUGAUCAAUAUACAACUGUGAGGUGCGUGAAUGGACAGAGCGGCCAGCUGCUGAUCACUCACUCAACAGCUCGACCUGCAUGAAUAGACGGUGCGCGCACAGCGCGCAAACAUUUUUUUUGGGGAGCACCGAAGACCCAUUUUCACCCAGGAAAAACCCUGUGUGCGCCCCUAAAUUUUCUGCUUGCGCCCCUAAAAUUUUAAGUUAGGGGCCACUGUGCUCCUAGUAAAAAAAGUUAGUCUGGAGCCCUGGGUAUUCAUGUAAUUUUAAGGCUUUCUUGACUCCUAAAUAAUGCAGGAGCGCACACAAUAUGUAGGUCUGGAUGCAGAGCUGACCGGUCUUUUGUGACAGUACGUAUGUAUACAGAAACACAGAUAUAUAAAUUGUAUUUUCAAGUUAUUGUAAAUAGUCAACGUCAUUCAGAGGGUGGUUCAUGCUCCCUUUGUACAUCCUGCAGUUUUCUCCAAACACAAAGACUCUGAACAAUAUUUCAUCAUUCAAGGUCGACAAAUUGAAAGCUUAUUUGAGGGCGUAAAAAAAGAAAAGAAAAGACGCUUAGAAAUGAUCAAUAAAGUUACCAGACCUUUGUAAGUAAAGAAGAAUCUU